CUCCAACCUGGAACCUGAAGAGCUAUCACCAGCACUUCCAGCUAUACUGUGUACUACAACCAUGUAAUCUAGCCUAACCAGCCCAUCCCCUUUCAAGAUGUCCCUACCAAGACACACCCCGCCGUCUCCUCUUUCCUCCUCCCCCUCAAAACAAUCCAUCCGUCGCACUUCAGCCAACCACACUCCCCUCUCCCGCCCCCAAAGCAUCAUCGAGCGACCCCCAACCGCGCAGCAACAACACCACGACAACAUCCCCGAGGAUCAAGAUGAAGUCCCCGUCGUGGUCCCCACGCAUCUCACUAACCAACAACCUAUCAAUACCUCCGGGGCGUCAUCCUCAUCCUUCCAACCGUUCUUCACCUUGAUCGAAGACGCCAACACCUCCGAAUAUUACCACCCAACCGUCCACUACAUCUUCGCCGACGACGACACCGACAUCGUCACCGAAGCCACCCUCCGCGCUCUGGAAAGCGAGUCUGAUCCCUUUGCUGACAACACGAAGGGCAAGACCCGACAGCGCCGACAGCAACAACCUUCCGACGGAGGCGAUGGAAAUGGGGCAGGAACUGAGGAUGAGGAGGACAGCGAAUACGGCCAUUCCCGCAAGCCCUCCCUGCUACCAGACGCUGUUCCGGGCGUGCGCGAGAACUACGUGAUUCUGGAUGUGGAUUACGCCUCGUCGCCCCCGUCAAGUCGUGGGCCGACGGAGCAGCUCUUGCGGCAUACUGCUGCUGCUGCCGAGCAGCUGGCGACGUCUCCGCAGCAGCAGCCACCAAGCCCCGCACAGAAUCAAAAUCAACAACAACCCCACGAGGAUCGUGAAGGCGCCGCAGGUGAUCAUGAUAAGGUGUUGGUUGUUGCCUCGGCGCAUAGUUUGUCGCCGGCGUGGCAGGUGCUUGACGCACAGCUGGGACCGGCGCCAACCUUUGAAAACAAUAGCAAUACCAGUGACAAUGCCUCGUCACCGCAAGGGCACGCGGCCAAUGGGGGUUUGAUGUUGAAGAUUCGCGGCACGGCGGGCUUGCCGAUCAGUAAUCUGCUGGGCAAGGAUCGUGAUAAGGGGCGGGGCUGUCAGCGGUUGGAGGAGAUGAUGGAUCAGUUCGCGAAGAGAUUGGCGGAGCUGAGGUUGGUUAUUGAGGCUGGAGGGUACGGUGAGCAUGUCGAGGAUGUGGAAGAGGAUUCGGCGCUCGCUGGUGAAGAGGGGAAGACAGACGAUCAGGCGGAGUAUGGGCACCAACAUGAACUACAGAAUGUCCCGGUAGAGGAUACAACGGCCGGGAAGGAGCAGGAGCUAUAGCUGGCAUUGGUUGGGCUGUUGAACAGCAUGGUUUAUUUUUUCGGAAUGGGGAAUUCAGGUUCAGUGAAAUGCAUUGUUAGCACUGCGUACGGUGUGAUGUGGGCUUCGAUCUGCGUUCAUGAACUACUAGAAAUCUGAG